AUGUCUCAUACAACAUCGCUCUCCCUUGCUCAAAUCGAUGCUCAUGUCUUCGCCGCACAAGCAAUUUCCCUCGAUAUGUCGAAGGUAGCAACUGGUCCACUCAACAAACUUAUAACAGCACACGCAAAUGCCAUUGGAAGUCCGUCGGAGUUCAUAUUUUUCCCAUUACUUUCCAUUGCUGCCCACUUCACAGGACCUUCUACUCGAGUUAUGAUUAACAAGGACUGGCUAGAACCACUCAUACUCUGGAAUGUCGUUCUGGCUGACAAAGGUCAGAAGAAAUCACCCGCACUGAACAGGUUUGUAAAGCCAAUACAACAGUUGGAGGUCGAUCUGAAUGACGCUGACGAUGCUAGAAAUGAUGAUGAUGAGGAAAAUCAUUCGCGGCAAAUUUACAUUGAACAUUUUUCUAUGGAAGAGCUUCAUUACACAUUGAAGAGGAAUGACGGAAGAGUUGUUGGCCUUUACGACGAGAUUUCCCUGUUGUAUGAACAACUAGAUAAAUAUAAAAGCGGAAACUCUGAUCGAAAGACAUUCCUUUCGUUAAUAAACGGCAGCCCAUGGCGAAGAAAUUUUAGAACCUCCAACAGCAUCGUCCCAUGCACCCAUUUCAACAUCGCCGGUUUCGUUCAACCUGAUGUUAUUGUUAAUCUCCUGCAUAGCAAUGAUUACGAUGGCUUCUGUGAUCGUCAACUUUUCGUGUGCCCCCCCGAACAGGACGUAGACUACGACGACAUCAUUCAACCGCCGGAAGGAACACCUGAUCUAAAAGAUUUAUUUCGAGCAAUAGAUGAAAACCACAGCUCAUCCAACCACAACUACACGUUGUCUAACGACGCGCAUGAAGAAUUUGUGUCAUUCCAUGACCAACUAAAUGAAAGAAAGAGAAACCAGCAUCGACGCGACAAAGACCGGAAAAGUAUUCUGUCUAAAGCAAAAGGACAGGUCGCUCGUCUUGCCGCCGUCUUGUUUGCUCUUGAUCAAGCAUUGGCAUUGGUCAUAAAGGAAACGGACGAUCAACCAUCCUGGUUGUUUGAAAUUCCGCGUGAAUUCAUGGAACGGGCUAUCCAUCUGAUCGAAUUCUGCAUUGCUCAGAAAUUUGCCCUCGGGAAACCCGCUUUUAAACCGCCACCUGCCAAUACCACUAACACUGACAACUGUCAGCCACAGGAGAUUGACAAGCACAGAGUAAAACGGCUACUUGAGCUACCAUCCCCUAUAUCCGUGACACAUAUUACUCAACGUCAUAUACAAAAAAGAGUAGACAAUAAAUAUAGGAAAGAAGAAGCAGAAGCGUUAAUGGAACACGUUUUACAGCUCAAACUUGGCGAAAUUGUCACUGCUGAGUACCAAGCAGGAAAACAAAAACGAGAGAAGAAAACCCUUGUCAAGAGAAAAAUCGACGAUCUAGACGAAGAGCAGAAAAAUAUUCUAAAACGAUUGAAGGUUGACUUGGAAAAAUUCAAUCAAUAA